UUCCGUGUCGCGGUACCUUAUGAACAGAGGCUCCGUGUCGCGGUACUUUAUGAACAGAGGCUCCGUAUCGCGGUACCUUAUGAACAGAGGCUCCGUGUCGCGGUACCUUAUAAACAGAGGCUCCGUGUCGCGGUACCUUAUAAACAGAGGCUCCGUGUCGCGGUACCUUAUAAACAGAGGCUCCGUAUCGCGGUACCUUAUAAACAGAGGCUCCGUAUCGCGGUACCUUAUAAACAGAGGCUCCGUGUCGCGGUACCUUAUAAACAGAGGCUCCGUGUCGCGGUACCUUAUGAACAGAGACUCCGUGUCGCGGUACCUUAUGAACAAAGGCUCCGUAUCGCGGUACCUUAUAAACAGAGGCUCCGUGUCGCGGUACCUUAUAAACAGAGGCUCCGUGUCGCGGUACCUUAUAAACAGAGCCUCCGUGUCGCGGUACCUUAUAAACAGAGGCUCCGUAUCGCGGUACCUUAUAAACAGAGCCCCCGUUUUGCGGUACCUUAUAAACAGAGGUUCCUAAAUCGUCAGGAGAUCAUUAAUUCAAUUGAACAGAGCAAUGAUUAAAUAAUUGCGCGCAUUAAUUGAAUUAAUGACCUUUUCAACUGUAGCGCGCAUUAAAUCAGUUAUUGAUAUUAUCAAUAUUCAUUUGAAGAAAACAACAAUUAAAUUAUAUAGCGCUCAUCAGUUCAGAAUAAUUGGUACUAUGAACAAUUCAGUUAAUGCGCACAAUAUACAUGUAACUCAGACUUGAAGAUAUUAUUACUGAUUUGAUUGAUUGUAUAUUGUUUUUUAACAUCCCGCUCGAGAAUCUUUCAUUUGUAUGGAGACGUCACCAAUGCCGGUGAAGGGCUGCAAAAUUUAGGCCUAUGGUCGGCGCUUAUGCCCUUUGAGCAGGGAUGGAUCUUUAUCUGCCACACCUGCUGUGACAUGGUACAUCGGUUUUUGCGAUCUCAUCCGAAGGACCGCCCAAUUUAGUCGCGCCUCUUACGACAAACAAGGGGUACUGAGGACCUAUAAUUCUACAUUAAAUUAUUUGAAGAAAUCUUGAAUUGUUUCGCGCAUCAAAUGAAUUAAUGAUAUCUUCAAAUAAUGAAAGAUAUCUUCAGUUAUUUGAGUCAAUUUUAAUCUGGCGCUCUAUGUAUUCAUACAAAUCUGCUGUUCUGAACAUUGUUCGGCCCAGGGGGGGGGGGGGGGGGGUCUGGGUGCCCCCCCCCCUUUCGUCAGAAAAUUUUGCUAAUAAAGGUGGAAAAAAAACACCCUAUUUUGAGGGUACCCCCUUUGAAAACCAAAAUUAAUGGUAGACCACCCCCCACCCUUGAAAAAUUCCCGGAUCCGCCUCUUUUCCGUUAAGUCAAGAAAUUUCUCGAUUUCGCAGAAAAAGGUCAGCGAUGUUGGGAUGUUCUUGUUCAGCAGUUCGUGAGAAGUACAACUGUAACUACCCUAUUCACUACCAUUUUUCUCACAUCGGAAGGAGCAUUGGUAUUUCAUGGCCCAACAUUUGAACAAACUUGAAUACUCAAAGAUGAUGUUUUGUUGCAAGUUUCAUUGAAAUUGGCUCGGUAGUUCUGGAGAAGUAGAAAAUGUGAAAAGUUUCAUUGAAAUUGGCUCGGUAGUUCUGGAGAAGUAGAAAAUGUGAAAAGUUUCAUUGAAAUUGGCUCGGUAGUUCUGGAGAAGUAGAAAAUGUGAAAAGUUUAUGGCACCAACGACGGACGAGGUAUAUCAAUAAACUAUAAAAGGCACCAGCGGUAAAGUAGGAUUCGUCCAUGCCUGAUCCAAUGCCACAUUUCAUGUGAUAAGUUAAAUGUUGAUGUUAUACAGAACUCGAGAUCAUCCUAGUUUAAGCUCAAUAUGUAUGCCGCGUGCACCCCCCUCACCACCACCACAGCAGUGGCGGAUUGGGGUUGGGGUUGGGAAACUCCCCUCGCUCUUUUUUUUUUUUUUUUUUUGAAUCAACAAGACAAGUUUAUUUUGUUUGUUUAAUUUCUAUAAAGUGGUGACUAUAAAUGAAAGGAAUUCAGUCCAUUUUGAAUAAAUAUUUAAAAAAAAAAAUCCCGGCGGAGACACCCCCAAUGGGAGGAGGUUACCCCCUCCCCCUUGCAUGUCAUACCUCCCCCUUCAGGCCUCACCCCCCCCCCCCCCCCAUACAUACACACACAGUAAAAGCUAGAUCCGCCACCGCUGGCAGGCAGGCGUAUGACAGAGAGAGGCCUCUCUAUGUGAUCGACCAACGGUUCCGUUGAGGAAUGGUAAAAAUAAUUCAUUUCACUACUGAGAAAUUAUAUAAACGUGCAUGUAGCGAGAUCUGAGCAGCUAUUAAAGAAUUGAGAAAAUCAGAAAGAAACUUUUGAAAAUGUACACAUCAUCAAAUCACUGCGCGGGUAUAGUACGUGUGUUUCUGUUCGUGGCUGUGUGGAUUUCAACAAUUGAAAGAAAUUCAUUGUUGUCACACGAAUGAGUAGUUCUUACAGGUCACGGUACUGACCAUUUCAAAUUUGAUGAAAGAUUGAGCUAGCUGCUUUUAAUUUAUGCUUUGAAAUGACGUGAAAUAACAUUACUUUUGUAUGGUUACAUUUACAAUAUGUUUGCUUUCCCAGGUCAAAUAUUUGAUUUAAUAAAUAGACGCAACUUUUUACGGUUUUAAACUGGACUUUUUAAAGUGGCCGCAUAGCCUGGUUUAUGUUUAAAUUGGCAUGCCUGUCUGGAAGGAUACAGUGCAAUCGAUAGCUUAAACCUCUUUCCAAAUGAGAAAAAAUUAGAAAUUAGAAACAUUUGAUGCAUAACCAUGACCAAAGACCUUGACGUAGACUCCAUAAUAGAGCAGCUGCUGUCGGCCAAAGACUCUUCCACCAAACAGGUUCAGUUGCCAGAGACACAAAUACGUCAAUUAUGCCAGCUCUCCAGGGAAAUAUUUUUGGAACAACCUAUGCUUGUUGAAAUAACAGCACCUGUGACAAUAUGUGGAGACAUUCAUGGACAAUAUGAGGAUUUAAUGAGGCAUUUUGAUAGUUGUGGAUUUCCUCCAGAGUCCAAUUAUCUUUUCCUGGGAGACUACGUAGAUCGAGGAAAGAGAUCUUUGGAAACCAUAUGCUUAAUGCUGGCCUACAAGAUCAAAUUUCCUAACAAUUUCUUUUUGUUAAGAGGAAAUCAUGAAUGUGCCUCUAUAAACAGAAUAUAUGGAUUUUAUGAUGAAUGCAAGCGACGGUACAACAUAAAACUUUGGAAGACAUUCACAGAUUGUUUUAACUGUCUACCAGUUGCUGCACUAGUAGAAGAUACCAUAUUUUGUAUGCAUGGGGGAUUAUCACCUGAUUUAACAGACCUUAAACAGAUAACAGAACUUGAGAGGCCUCUUGAUGUCCCAGACCAUGGUCUUAUUUGUGAUUUAUUGUGGUCAGAUCCAGAUGAGGAUAUCACAGGUUGGGGAGAAAAUGACCGAGGUGUGUCCUUUACCUUUGGAGGAGAUGUUGUCAAAGAAUUUUUGAAGAAGCAUAAUUUCAGCUUAAUUGUCAGAGCACAUCAGGUUGUAGAAGAUGGAUAUCAAUUUUUUCAAAAAAGAAGACUGCUGACUUUGUUCAGUGCACCUAAUUACUGUGGAGAAUUUGAUAAUGCUGGAGCUGUGAUGAGAGUAACUGAUGAUUUAACCUGUUCAUUCCAAAUACUGGAGGACUUUGAUAUUUGGUAUGUUGCCAAAAAUGGAGAAGACAGUGGCUGUAACUAAGGGAAAGAAGUGAUGGUCCAUAAGGGUAACUGGAUAGCUGGAGAAAGUUUAUUUGAUAACUGGAGACAUUGUAUUUAUAUAUGGACUUUACAUGUUUACUUGUCCAAUCAUGUUGUUAAUAUUUCCUUGUAAUGCAACAAAGUUCACAUUCCUUCCUGUUUCACAGAUCACAUUCCCUCCUUUUACAGGAAUAACUCAUUUGACUCCAGUGUAUAAUUAUAGGUUGUAGACUUUGUAUGCGAGUUUUUUGGCGCGAGCGAGGUCCAUCCGUGACAAAAAAACGAGGUCGUCAUAUUUUCCCAUACAAAGUCUAUAACCUUUUUAUUAUGUACUUUCAAUUUCAUUUAGAAACUAACAAUAAUUUUAUUUUAAACAAUUACUUUAUUGGUUUAACUGAGUAAAAGAUGAAAAAUGCAAAAAAUUUGAAAAUUAACGGCGUAGUUCCGGCUUGUGUAUCAAUUGUUACGUAAGGAUUGCAGGCUGGAAUGUUUCUGGGCAUAUGUUGUGUGAUAUAUACCCGCAAACUUUUAAAAGAAAAAAGAAGAGAUGAAAUUGAAAGUAUAUAAUAAUGAUGUGUACUGUUCCAGUUAGUCAUUUCCAUAUUUUUGAAUUUUCUUUUUAUCUGUGCAAACUUUGGAACAGUAGUUCAUAUAUUAAAGGUGUAGUUUUGUGUAUUACUAAAUAUGGACAAGUAAUUCCUUUGUAAAUCUGUUUGAUCUGCCUGGCCAUUACUGCCACUUCUUACUAUUGUGUGGAAUGGAAGAAAUAAUUAGAAAAUAUUUGUUAAAUUCAUAUUAUUCUGGGUAGUUUUAUUCUUGAGUAACACAAAACAAUUUGUAUACAUGUACCUGUUUUGACAAAUCUUGGUUCAUAUUUAACAUAAUUAUAAACACAUAUAUAUAUGCAGAUACAAGUACUGCUUCACCACCCAUUUGUAUACACAUGGAAUAUUUCAUGUUUUUAUUUGAUUUGUAUAACUGAAAUAUUACUUCUGCAGUGUUCGCAUACUGAGGAUGCCACCACAAGAAGUAUUUCUUUUUGUCACCUGUGAAGAUGGCAACACUUGGGGAUUACUUUGUUGUCUGUCACACCUAGAAUUCUGUAAUUGCAAGAAAUAGGACUGUUAUUUAAUAUAUAUUCCUUGCACAAGAGUACAUAUUCCUUGGGACACAUCUAAUUGUCAUUAAAAAUGUAAGUUCAUGGCAAUCCUUUAUACUAUGUAUUUUGCCACAAAAUCUUUUAAAGACCUGGUUUAAUUGUCAAAGUUUGGUUUUAAAGUAUUCAUGAUUUGCAUUUAUUGUAAUGUUAUUAGUUUUUAUGCCUAUGAAAUUGAAGAUUCAGGGGAAUCUAGUUUUUGGCCUGUCCAUCUGUCUGUGCCAAAAAACUUUAACCUCUUUUACACCAUAAGAGAUUGACCUUUCAUAUUGUAUGUGUAUUCCUUGUGGCAAGACCUUUCCAUUGACACCAAAAUAUUUGACCUGGUGACCCUAACAUUCAGAAAUUUCAAAUAUAAGCCAUCUCUUUCAAAUCGUAAGAGGUACUGUUUUUAUAUUCGCAUGUGCAUUUUUUAUGAGAAGACCUUUCCAACAAUACCAGAUUUGUUGACCAUGUGACCUUGCCAUCGACCUAGUUUUUGGAAAUAAAAAAAUAAACUUUAACCUUGGUCAUAGAUUUUAUAUCAUAAGCGGUACAGCUUUCAUAUUUGGCAUGUGUAUUCCUUGUGGCAAAACCUUUUCAUUAGUACCAAAAUCUUUUGACCUGCUUUUAGAAAAUUCUAAUAUAAGCCACAUCUUUUAAACUGCAAGGCACUGCUCUUUAGUAUGUUAUUACCUUUCCAUUGGUACUAAAUUUGUUGACCUUGUGAUUGACCUCUGACCUACUUAGAAAAUUAUUCUCUAACAUGUUGUAAUCUGGGGCAUUAGCGUUUCACAAACACAUCUUGGUUGCUUAAGUCCUUGAAAACUUGGUUGCUUAAGUCCUUGAAAACUUGACUACAAAAUAAAUAUCUUUGUUAUGAUU